AAUCAGCUUCAAAAACUACGUUAGACGAUGUGCUUCACAAAUUCUUAAAGUUAAAAAAGAAUUUUCGAACCAUCUUAAGUGAAGGUGACCGUUAGCUGGACAGGCCGAAUUACAAUUGUAGCUUGUGGAAUUGGUGCUUAUAUAUCAAGAGGUAUUCGAUUUUCACGAUUUGAUUCAAAAUUAGUCGGUCAAAUAGGUAAUUUAUCAAAUAUGUGCGAAAAACAAUUAAUUCAAAAUAGUAAAAUUGUAAUGAAAGUUGUUAGCAAUAAUUUAUGGACAAAAGAUCAAAAUUUAAGAGAUAAAACUGAUAAUAAUGUUCAAAAACGUAUUAUUGAACCGUUACUUCAAUAUGGUGCAAAUUAUUUUAUAAGAAAAUUUGGAAGAGGAAUUAGAAAUUAUUAUCAGACAAAAAAAGGUGAUAAAAUUUUGAAUAAAUUUCAAAAAGCAAAACUUGAACAUUAUGAAAAAUUGAAAAAAAUUGAAGAUUUAAAAAUAAAUAAUGAUGAUGGAAAAAAUGAAUUAAGACAACAAGUAUUAUCAAAAUAUAAUGAUCAAUUAUUAAUUUUUAUGAACAAAACACGAGAUCCAGAAUUAUUUUGA